AUGGGGGUGCCGGACGUCUCGCGAUACUAUCACGCGGCCAUAGUAGGAACACUAGUACAAAUGCACCACCACAAAAAUUCACUAGCGUGGAAUCAAAUUGAAACGGUGCACACUGAGGGGCUACCACUACACACACUAGCCUGGAUGCCAGUUGGCAAAAGGCCACACCACAAAACGAUAUGCCCAACUACGACAACGACACUGAAAGUGUGGGAUAAAUUAGUUAAGAAACAACAAUCUCGAAUGCGGAUCUCCACAGCUUUCCAACUUCAGGCACUAACUAUCCUGAUUCCAGGAUUCGAAUAUAAAAUAUGGCACUCUCAUGGGGUAUUCUGCUUGUCGCAGGUUCUAGACAACGGACAUAUGAUAGACUAUGACACACUACGCAACAAGUACAACCUCCCACCUACCACCUUCUUCCCAUACCUACAACUAAAAUC